AUGAAAGGGUUGGGGACCAACCGUAACAGACACCUGUCUGACUCCUGUGAUCCUUCCUCAGGCCAUCCAGAGGCCCUCUACCCUCAGAAGACCAGCACCCUGCCACGCAGCCCUUACCUGCUGAGCCCCACGAUGGACCACUAUGGCACCAUGGACCCCCACCUCUACCCUUCAGCCAACCCGGGCUCCUUUCCACCAGACUGCAUGCUGCCCCUCAACAACCAGCUGUCCAACAGCAGCACCUUUCCCAGGAUUCACUAUAACUCCUAUGACCAGUCUGACUUCUCCCCACCUGGAGACAGUAUCGGGGGGAUAAGUACAGGGACCAUGGGGACAUCCAUGUCCAUGGGCAUGGGAACGAGCAUAGGCAUGGCAGGGUUGAGCGGACGAACACCUAUGAUUACAAGCGGCUCAGCAACUAUAUCACAUCAUAUGACCAAGAACCAGGCACCAGCCAGUCUGCUGGAGUUUGACAAGCAGCUACCUGGAGGCCAUGACGGAUUCAGCACAUUGCAGUACCAUCGAACGUCUGCUGUUGCUGCUGCCAAGCAGCGCACAGACAGUCCUGGUCGCAUUCGUUAUAUGCUGCACUCAGUGCAGAAGCUGUUUGCAAAGUCCCAGUCACUGGAAAGCCACAACAUGAAAGGAAAUGUCAACGGACGCUCUACUGGCAGUGGCGGAGGCUCGUCUGGCACCGAGGACGGUGGGAAGCAGAAUCGUCGAUCCAAAAGUAAAGAUCGAGGUACAAAAUCAGAGGCGACUGCCAAGAGACGGCCACGCUCCAACAUGUCAGGUUACUGGAGCUCAGACGAUUUGGACAGCAGCGAUCUGAGCAGCUACCAUAACACCAUGGCCAUGAUGACUCUAGGGCGUCCAACAGGCCACGAGAGCCAGGGAGGGCAGAGCAGAUACAUCCACAGUGGCUACAACACUAUCAGCUCCUCAAAAAGCAGCAGUGACAUGAAGUAUCAGGCACUUCCUGGGCCUGGGGGUGGAGGAGGUGGUGGAUUAGUAGGAACAGGAGGGAUGUUAAUGAAUGAUAAUGAUUAUAUGAAAGGAGGGUCCUGGUCCACUUUGACCAUGGGCCAGCCAAGACACGUGAUCCAGAAGGGCUCCGCUACUCUGGACAGGUCCAUGCUCAAGUCCAAAUCCUGCCAACAGGAACUAACCUGCAACUACCUGCAGGUUGGCCGGAGGGGUGAUUGGAGUAGCACAUUAGGCCGCAGUGGGGGUGCCAACGAAAUUCCAUGUCGGCGGAUGCGCAGUGGUAGCUAUGUGAAGGCCAUGGGAGACAUGGAAGACAGCGACGACUCAGAGGGAAGCCCCAAACCCUCUCCAAAAACUGCUGCUCGCCGCCAGAGCUACCUCAGGGCUACGCAGCAGUCUCUGAGCGACCAGCUACCCCCACGCAACAGAACCCUGGAUUACACCUUGUUGCAGGGGGAGCUGGAUGCCCUGUGGUCUCCACUCCACAGUGUGUCUUCUCUGCACCAGCUGGGCAGGUCAAUGAGCAGCUGUCUUCCAUCUCUCAGAGAGCUCUCCAAUAACCGCAGCCUGGACAACCUUGACUGCAUUGAGGGUACAGGUUCGUCUUUGCCACGCUGGGAUGAUGAUGACUUCAGCCAGGCCUGCAGUACCUUGGGUCGACGUAGCUGCAUGGGACAGCUACGGGACCUGGAAAUGAGUCAUCACUAUGAGGACCGCAGCUCCGAGUCCACAUUCAGAGAUUCCCGUUCCCAUUCUCAGGACAACCCAGAGCCUCCAGACUUGCCCAUGCCAACAUGCUUCCGAUCCCGCAGCCACAGCUACCUGAGAGCCAUCCAGGCUGGAUGUUCCCAAGAUGACGACACAGCAUCCAUAGACUCAGGCUGCUCACCCCCUCCGACUGACACCAGUGUUCGCACCUACAGCACCAGUACUGACGACCUAUCUACCCAAUGGAAGACUUGGAAAGAACAGUUUGGCUCUUACCUCAUAGCCACGGGCUUGGACAAAGCCCCAAAGGAGAAACUACUUGCAAUUUUUCUACAGCGUUUGGGAACAGACAGACGACGCAUCCUACCCUCACACACAGUCUCUACAUGCAUAACCACCUGUAAGAAGGCUGCUCCUCCACCAGUGCCACCCCGUACAACCUCCAAGCCCUACAUCUCUGUGACAGUACAGAGCAGCACAGAGUCGGCCCAGGACAACUACCUGGAUCAGCAGGACCGGAGGUCAGAGGUCAACAGCCAGUCUAGCCACGCUCACAGCAACUCCUCUGACAGCCUCGAUAGCACCCGUGCCAACAGCCUGGCCCGGGGUAUUCCCCGCCCUCCACACAUCAUCCCCACUCCUAUUGCCACCCCAAGAGAGCCAAUUGCCCCCACCACCGCCAAUGCUUCCACUGAGACAAGUGACUCAGUAGUCCAGCAUGAAUCCCUGAAAUCAGGAUUAAAUAAAGGGAAUCUAGUGGCAGAGGAGCCCCUAGUGGCCCCAGUACCCAGGCGGAAACUGUCCUCCAUUGGCAUACAGGUUGACUGUAUUCAGGAAGUUCCACGAGAGGAGACCCCACCACUGGCCAAAUUUCAGUCAAUUGGAGUACAGGUGGAGGACGGGUGGCAUCGCUCCAGUAGCAUGGCCUCAAAACAAGAAACAGACUCAGACACACAGGACAUCCCUGUCAUCUCCCAUGUCAAUAAUACCAAACCCACUGAGAAGAAAGUCAUGGUCAAUAGUGCCAGCCAAUCCAUGAGCUCCCCUCCUGGACAGGAUUCUUUAGACAAUGGAGACACUACUGGUGACAUCUCUUCACCUCCACCACCCAGGCAGAUCCUCAACCGCUCCACCACACGGAGUAGCUCUUCCUCAUUCUCAGAAAGUCUGGAUCCGGCACUGGAUCCCUCGUCCUUACCACCUCCAGACCCCUGGCUGGAGAGUGGCAAUGGCAGUAACAGCAGUGUACCCCAGAGCGGAGGAGGGGGAACACUUUGUCGGAGAGAUGGCCACUGGUUCCUAAAGCUGCUGCAGGCAGAAACGGGACGUAUGGAGGGUUGGUGCCAGCAGAUGGAGCAGGAGACCAAAGACAACCAGCUCUCAGAGGAGGUGCUGGGAAAGGUUCGCAGUGCAGUAGGAAGUGCCCAGCUCCUAAUGACCCAGAAGUUCCAGCAGUUCCGGGGACUGUGUGAACAAAACUUGAAUGUGAAUGCCAAUCCGCGACCCACAGCCCAGGACCUGGCUGGUUUCUGGGACCUGCUGCAGCUCUCCAUUGAGGACAUCAGCCUCAAGUUUGAUGAGCUCUACCAUCUCAAGUCCAAUGACUGGCAGCCCAUACCAUCUGCAGCUGCCCAGUCGCCCCCUGAGCGGAAGGACGAGGAGAAGGUGGCCCCUCCAACGUCAAAGAAGCCCGGUAAAGGACGACCAUCGCUGGGCCGCGAGAAGAGUGCCGACUCUUCAUCCACCUCUUCUUCGGCCUCGGCAGAGAAGCAGAGACAGGAGGCUCGCAAGCGCCUGCUGGCUGCUAAGAAGGCCGCCUCGUUUCGCCAGAACUCUGCCACAGAGAGCGCAGACAGCAUUGAAAUCUACGUCCCUGAGGCCCAGACUCGCCUCUGAGACAGACAGUGACAAAGAAGGAUGUAGGGCUGGAUCAAAGGAUAGAUAAGUGUCACUGAAAUACCUGGAAAAAGCAGAGGAGAACUUUUGCAAUGCAAAUGAGCUACUCAGAGUAUGGAUGGAGGUG